GUGUUCAAAUAGUGAGGAGAGUAGUCUUAACUGUCGGCUGACUUGUACUUUUUGAUUUUUUUUUCAGGGUGCCUAAAUGCCGAAUAUUUGAGAGGAUCUUAACACCAGAAUAAGGGCAUUGAGUCAGUAUGGACUAUGAUAGAAGGGGUGGCCGUGGGGACCGCAUGGGUCGCUAUGGCAUCAUGCUCAAUGAGCACGAUUUCCGGGACAUGGACUACCGGGGUUAUGGCCACGAGGAAGGGGAGCCUGGUACAGGAUAUGACAUCGGAGCAGGGGAGGAGAGGGGAUACGGCCGCGAAGUGCAGCCAGCAGGGGUCAACGACUUCACCCUGGGUCGUCUCCCGGACAACCGGCCGGGUUUCCUUCAGAGGGGAGAAGAGCGAGGAGAAGGCAGACGUGGGCUGAACAAGGGUUUCCCCGGUACCCCUCGCCCCCAGGCCCCACCCCAGCUAUCCUUCCCCAGGCCUCAGAGAGAUGAAGAGGCCUCCAGUAGGGACUUUCAGCCCUUCAGGAGCUCCCCAUUGGGCAGAGGAGGGGGUCACGGGGGGAGAGGUUACCCCGGGAGUCAUGCUUCUCUCCUGGGGGACAACGAGGGAAACUGGGGCAGAGAGCACGGCGCCCCCUCGGACCUGGAGGAUUUCUCCUUGGGGAGGCCAGGAGAGGAGGAGAGGUUCUCCAGAGGGCCGGGGAUGGGAAAGGGUUUUCCAGAAGGAGGGGAGGAGCGGGGCUGUGGGGGUCCGGCAGCUGGCUCCGACCUCUUUCUGGAGGAGCUGGAUCAGAGAGAGCAGGACUACACUGCAGACCUGAACCAGAGACCCAGCAAUAUCAUCAUGCUCCGCAUGCUGCCACCCAACGCCACCGCUAAUGAGAUCCGUGCUCAGCUUCAGGAGCAAGGCAUCCAGCCCCGAGAAGUCCGACUCAUGAGGAACAAGUCUUCAGGUCAGAGCCGAGGAUUCGCCUUCGUCGAGUUUAAUCUCAUACAGGAGGCCAGCAGCUGGAUGGAGACCAACCAGAGAGUUCUGUCUAUUAUGGGGCAGAGGGUGUCCAUGCACUAUAGCGACCCCAAACCACGUGCCAAUGAAGACUGGCUCUGCAACAAGUGUGGCGUCCAGAACUUCAAACGAAGAGAGAAGUGCUUCAAGUGUGGUGUGCCGAAAUCAGAAGCUGAGCUGAAGCUGCCCCUGCUCCAGAGGGAUUUGCCCCCGGGGCAGCAGAAGGAGAGUGCCCAGGGCUUACUGCCCCUGCCCACCCCCUACCAACCCUCCGCCCCGGCCCUCAGCGCCGUGGCGAUCCCUCAGCAGGCAGAGGUGGCCAACGACACUCUGAUCCUGAGGAACCUGGGGCCUCACACCUCACUGGAGGCCAUCUUGUCUGCGCUGGCCCCCUUCGCCACGCUGUCGCCCUCCAACGUUCGCCUCAUCAAGGACAAACAGACGCAGCUCAAUCGGGGCUUUGCCUUCCUGCAACUCUCCACCAUAGUGGAGGCAUCCCAGCUGCUCCAGAUCUUACAGGCUCUCCAGCCAGCGCUUACCAUCGAUGGGAAAGCCAUAGCGGUGGAGUUUGCCAAGGGCUCCAAACGGGAUGUGUUCCUGACCGAUGGCAGCAGGGUGAGUGCGGCCACCGUGGCCAGCACAGCCAUCGCUGCAGCCCAGUGGGCCGUCACACAGACUGCCCAGAGUGUGUCUGGAGGUGCUCAGGGUGUGGAUGUAGCAGUGUACCAACAGGGGGCAGUGUUGACAGCUGCAUACAUCCAGGAGAACCAGGAUUUCCCCUGUAGGCCAGAGGGCUUGGCCUACGCAGGCCAGACAGGGGGAGCGGGUACCGGUCUGCCCAGCACAGGGGCUGGCUUGAUGGGGGCCUACACAGCAGACCCUGCCGUCUCCGAGGCUAUGCUGUCCGGGGUUGACGGAGUCCAUCUCUCAUUGGCUCACACGCAGGCAGCUCUUAACGCCACCUCUACCUCCACACAGUCCAGCCAGCAGGUGGAGAUAGUGGGGAAGCCUCAGCCAGCCACACAGAGCCAGCCAGCCACCCCCGGCACAGCGUACGAGUACGCUCAAUAUCCUGUCCCUGACGUGUCCACGUACCAGUAUGAUGAAACGUCUGGCUACUACUACGACCCGCUGACCGGCCUGUACUACGACCCCAACUCCCAGUACUACUUCAACUCUCACACCCAGCAGUAUAUGUACUGGAGUGGGGAGAAACAAACGUACAUUCCCGCCCCUGCCCAAUCAGAAGCUGGGACCGCUGCCACCCCCGGCGACAGCCCCGCCCCCUCCGAUCCCCUUGCUGCUGCACUCGGUGGCAAGGAGAAGAAAGACAAGCCGAAGAACAAAACGGCUCAACAGAUAGCGAAGGACAUGGAGCGCUGGGCUAAGAGUCUGAACAGACAGAAGGAGAACGUCCGCUCCGUCUCCUCCUCUUCCUCCUCCUCUUCCUCACUGGCUGCACCUCUGGCCUCCGUAGCCCUGCCCCCCGGUUACGCCAGAGCGCCUGGGAACCGCCUCGACGACCGCCGAGAGUCCGCCAGCGCCGACGCCGGCUACGCUGUCCUUGAGAAAAAGGGGGCGCUGUCUGAAAGGCCUCAGAUCCUGUUGGAACAGCUCAGACACACCACAGACAGAGAGCGCUCCCCCCCUCCACCCCCCCAGCAGCAGGGCCUGGUCCCAGCGUACAGCGGAGAGACGGACAGCGAAGAGGAGGGGGGAGAGAAGGAGGAGAAGGAGGGCAGGAUGACAGACUGGGCCAAGCUGGCCUGUCUGCUCUGCAGAAGGCAGUUCCCCAGCAAGGAGGCCCUCAUCAGACACCAGCAGCUCUCUGAGCUCCACAAGCAAAAUCUGGAACAAAGGCGGAGCGAGGAUGGAAUCGGCGGAGAGCGGUACAGAGACAGGCCUUCAGAGAGGAGAGACAACGGCCAAGAAGCUCCAGAUCCCAAAAAGAGGAAAUACAGCCCUGUUGAUGGCAUGGCAGGCAGUAGUUUGGGGGCCCGGAUGCUGCAGGGAGGGAUGAAGAAGGGGUUUCUGCUACGCAACAUGCAAGUGGAGUGACCUCUGAGCCGCCAUUUUGAACUUUGUUUGCGAACAUGCAAAUGGAUUUGCCAGAGCACAACAGUCCAAUAUAAAUGCCACGUAGGAAUAUCUGUAUACAAACACAACUUCAGUUUUGGAAUUUCACAUUUGGCAGAAUGGAUCCGACUUCGGCACUGUGGCGGUGGAUGUUGGCUGGACAGUUAAAGUUGCCUUGACCACAGCAAGGAUCAGAUUCCACCUUUAUCUGGUCCUAUAGUUGGGAGCAAUUUUUGCACAGAAACGCACCUUUGCUUUUUCUUUUGAUGGUCCUGAUUAAAGCCAUUAUAUACAUGUCAAACUGGAGAAGCAAGCUUUACUCUGGACUGGAAGCAGCACAAAGUAUUUUUGCUGCUGCUGUACUGGUCAAUGGUGUGAUCCCUAAAGCAUUACGUGUAAUAUUAAUUGAAGAUAAAUGUCUAUGCACCAUAGUUUAUUUGAUUUGAUCAUGUAUGCCUUGUCAUUCAGUGUAUAGCACCCUUUUUUUACCCCCAGACUACCCAGACAUGGAAGGCAAGAUUCCUCCCCUUUGUAUAUUGUAACACUAACAUUAGUGUAAGGAAGAAAAACUAAUUUUAUUCUGUGUGUGUAAAACUAAUGUGUGAUGUGAAAAAAUCAAUGAAAACAGUAGCCUACGUGUCUCUAAGGAGUA